GCAGGGCGGGUCUUUCUACUUUUGAAGCACAUGAUGAAGCCUUGAAAAGCGUGCAGAGUUGUAUCAACCAUCUCGAUUUUGCUGCACAACGUCUACCAAUACUGAAACUGAGAGACGUGUGAGCAGAAACCCAGUUGACAUCCAGAACGAAGCUGCGCCACCCACUCUGUGACCGUGAACAUGGCCUCCGCGGAGCUCGCACUUUUGAGCGUCUCAGACAAAACUGGCCUGGUGGACUUCGCCAAAAGGCUGGUGGGUGUCGGAUUGUCUCUGGUGGCCUCAGGUGGGACAGCCAAAGCCCUGCGUGAAGCUGGACUGGCAGUCAGGGAUGUGUCUGAGCUGACCGGACAUCCAGAGAUGCUGGGAGGCAGAGUGAAGACGCUCCAUCCUGCUGUCCAUGGAGGAAUCCUGGCCAGAAAAAGCCCCAGUGACUCUGCAGACAUGGAGAAGCUGGGCUACAGCCUGGUCAGAGUGGUGGUUUGCAACCUCUACCCGUUUGUAAAGACUGUCUCCAGCCCCAGUGUUACAGUGGAGGAUGCUGUAGAGCAGAUCGACAUCGGUGGUGUGACUCUGCUGAGAGCAGCAGCUAAGAAUCACGCUCGGGUCACCAUUGUGUGCGAUCCUGCUGAUUAUUCGCUGGUUGCCGAGGAGAUGGAGAGCUCAGACGACAAAGAUACGACCCUGGAAACACGCAGGACUCUGGCCUUAAAAGCCUUCACACACACUGCACAGUACGAUGAGGCGAUUUCGGACUAUUUUCGUGGACAGUACAGUCGUGGUGUGUCUCAGCUGCCUCUGCGUUACGGCAUGAACCCCCACCAAGCACCCGCCCAACUCUACACUCUGCGAGCAGCCCUGCCACUCAAAGUGGUGAACGGCUCCCCCGGCUUCAUCAACCUGUGUGACGCUCUGAACGCUUGGCAGCUGGUCAGGGAGCUUAAAAGCGCUCUUGGCAUGGCUGCUGCCACUUCCUUCAAACACGUCAGCCCUGCUGGAGCUGCAGUUGGAGUUCCUCUGACUGAGGAGGAAGCCAAAGUGUGCAUGGUGCACGACAUGCUGAAGGAUCUCAGCCCACUGGCCACGGCCUACGCGAGAGCAAGAGGUUCAGACAGAAUGUCUUCUUUUGGGGAUUUCAUUGCUGUGUCUGAUGUGUGCGACGUUCCCACCGCUAAGAUCAUAUCGAGAGAGGUGUCAGAUGGAAUCAUCGCUCCCGGCUACGAUGAGGAGGCGCUCAAAAUCCUCUCAAAGAAGAAGAAUGGAAACUACUGCGUGCUUCAGAUGGAUCCAGACUAUGAGCCUGAUGACGCUGAGGUGAGAGUCUUGUUUGGUCUCUACCUCAAGCAGAAGAGGAAUGGAGGGCUGAUUGAUAAGAAAUUCUUCAGCAACGUUGUUUCCAAGGGCUCGCUCUCAGAGGAAGCUGUGCGCGACCUCACUGUGGCCACCAUCGCUGUCAAGUACACUCAGUCCAACUCUGUCUGCUACGCUAAGGAUGGACAGGUUAUUGGCAUCGGCGCCGGUCAGCAGUCUCGUAUCCACUGCACUCGACUGGCGGGUGACAAAGCUGAUAACUGGUGGCUCAGACACCAUCCUCGUGUCUUGAACAUGAAGUUUCGCAGCGGUGUGAAGCGAGCAGAGAUGGCCAACGCCAUCGACCAGUAUGUCAGCGACACCAUUGGUGAGGGCCCAGACUUGGCAGUUUGGAAGUCGAUGUAUGAAGAGGUGCCCGAGCUGCUGUCAGGGACUGAAAAGAAGAACUGGAUCAGCUCCAUGCAGGCCGUGGCUGUCAGCUCGGAUGCCUUCUUCCCCUUCAGAGAUAACAUAGAUCGUGCCAAACGGAGUGGUGUUGAGUAUAUUGCAGCUCCAGCUGGUUCUGCUGCUGACGAGGUUGUGAUUAACGCCUGUAACGAGCAGGGCAUCACUCUGGUGCACACCAGCCUGCGGCUCUUCCACCACUGAGCAAAACUUCUCCAGGUGUUCUUCUCACUCACAGCCAUGUGUCAUCAGAGUGAAAGCAUUUUCUAACAUUCCUGACACUUUAGCAUUCCUGCUCUCAUCACUCAAGUGUAGAAAUCACAAAGGCACUUUUUUGUAACACAUUAAUUGCAUUUCCGACUUGGGAUCCUAACAUUAGAUGGAGACAGUUACUGUUGAUGCUCAUUCAUGGUCAAAUAAACUGUUUAAACGGUUCAGAA